AUGUUCGGAUUACCACAACAAGAAGCCACUGAAGAAGAAAAGCAAUUGCACCAACAACAAACGAAUAGAACCAUAGUAACUGCAGCUUACACCGCAGCAUUACUAUGGGCUUCCCCAAUAGUUUGGCACUUUGUUAAGAAGCAAUGGAAAUAG